AUGGAGACCGCCGCGACCGAACCGAUCACCAAGUCUCCAGGAGCCGCAUCGCUGCCCGUUCCAGCUCUAUCGGCCGCCGACCCAGGUAUGCUACCCCUCUGUGUCGCGUGCAAUAAACCAGGCCCUGCACGCUGCGUCGGCUGCCACAACGCGCGCUACUGUUCCAAAGAUUGCCAGAAGAAAGAUUGGCCCCUUCACAAACUCCUCUGCAAAGCCUUCGUCGACUUCCAGGAGCGCCCCGGCCCCAACUACAGCCGCGGAAUCCUCUUCCCAGCCGACGAUGCGCGUCCCCGCUUCGUCUGGAUCAAGCACCACGGUCCGCGCUUCUACGACUUCAACCACAAGACCUACCUCGGAGACGUAUUCGCGCGCACCAUGUCGUUCGACCGAUACCGUCCGCUGCAUCGUAUGCUCGGAUACAGUAUUUACCUCUGGCACAACGACAACUUCUUCUCGGAUGGGUCGCCGGUGAAUAGGAGCCUGAAGAAGUGGCUGGGACCGAAGGUGGCUCCCGCUUAUCGCGGACCGUUUCUUGCCCAGGCUUGCGACGGGGAUCCGGAAGUGGGAGAUGGCGACCCGCUUGAUCUCGAUACUAUGGCGCUGGCUCCGAUUGUCGACUUCCUGAAGUUCAGGUGCACGUAUCGUGGUAUUGGGUAUGAAUUCAAUUGGGAUAAUGAUAGUCCGACGGAUGAGUACUUCAUGGAGAGCGCGAGGAUCGUGGAGACUUGAUCGGACGCCUUCGUCUCGACAACUGCUUCUGGACUCUUAGGAUGAUAGGAUCCUGAUAGCAGAGGGAGAAAUGCUGGACUAAAGGGCACUGCGGACGGGUCAUCUUGGAAGCUGGCGUCUGCCUUAUUACUAUCACCGCCUCCUCUUUCGGGUCAAUCAUUUCCUAUCGAUUCUCCUUCCUUCGCGGUCAAUGAGAUAUGAGAAUCACUAUGAAGUGGAAAUAGUUGCUCUAAUGAAUCCAGCGCGGGAUGCGUGCGCGACG